UGCCGUUCGGUGGUUGAAGGAUGCAGCAAGUGCGAGUUGUGCACCUGCUGCUACGGUGGCGAGAACUCCAAACUUUCAGCUCAUUCUCAUUUCAGUUUCUCGACCAACUGUUUGCUUGACAUUCACGUUUAAUGCCCUCGUUUAUAUACUGAAAGCAAAGAAGUAACUGCACACCAUAAGCGUCUACUUUCUAUUGACAGGCUGCGGUGGAUCAGGUAGCCCAAGAGCACAACACACAGCGUCAGUGGCAAGAUCCCAUUGCGCUGUCCUCUUUCCAGUUGGAUAAAAACGGCAGGAGAGCAGAUGCCAUGCAGCUCUGAGCUGAAGCCAAAGCUCCUGUGAUCGCUCCGGAAGACCAGCGCUGCCCCUUAACCCCUCGCCCCGAUGGAGCUCAAAGUGUGGGUGGACGGAGUGGUGCGGGUGGUGUGCGGCCUGUCCGAGGAGACCUCCUGCCAGGAUGUGGUCAUCGCUCUGGCUCAGGCCAUAGGUCAGACGGGCCGCUAUGUUCUGAUCCAGCGUCUCCGAGACUCAGAAAGGCAGCUGCUGGCCACAGAAAGGCCCCUGGAGUCCCUGGCGAAGCUGGGCCAACAUGGCAGCGAAGUCCAGUUUUUCCUCCGCAGAACUGGGCCGAGCAGCAGCGACGCCCCUGGAUCCAAACAUGACAAAUCAACUCCACUGCCAGUUCCCAAAUAUCCAGAGUUGGACCCAUCCAAGCGCAGCCAGCCCAAGAAAGCGCUCACUUUUAACCUCGGACCAUCGACUUCGCCAAGAUCGAAACCCUUUAAGAGGUCUCCUCGAGAUUCCCCAGAGCAGAGAGCGUCCCUAUCUCCGUCUUCUAGCUCCUCAUCCAUUCAUAUGCCAUCGCCUUCUCCCUCUCCGCCAAUAGGUCCAUCCAAAGAGGAGGUUUUUAGGCGGGUUCUGCAGCAGCAGGAGAGACUGAGAGCCAUGGAGGCUCAACUGGACUCCUUAGAGAUGGAGUCUCUUAGCUUUGAUCGCCCCAGCUCAUCCCCCUGUCCCUCACCCGUUUCUGAUGCUCAUUUGCAAGGAGAACUGGAUGCUCUGGAGCAAGCGCUCCGCAGGAACCACGCGGAGCUCGCCCACGAGCAGUACUGGGAAGAGGAGCUCCAGGCGGAGCUGGAGAGGGAGCGAGGAAUGAGAAGAAAGCUCGGGGAGCUUCACGCCAAGUUAGAUGACUGCGGAAGACGGCUCCACGACUUCUCUGUUCGCUCAGCCCUGCUGGAGCAAGAGAUCCAGAGGGAAAGCCAAGCAGAGUGGAAAAAUAACGGCCCAGAGGAGUCCCUGGAGUCGGCCAAGGUGGAGCUCCAGAGCCAGGAGCGAAACGGCGCUGAGCUAGAGGAGCAACUCUCUGAGACUGAUCAGGCUCUGGGGAAGGCGGAGUCUCUGCUGCAGGCCAAACAGGAAGAGCUGGAGGAGUUAAACAAGGAGCUGCGUCAGUGUAACCUGCAGCAGUUCAUCCAACAGGCCGGCGUCCUGCCAGCCCACUCUCACUCACGCACAGACCUGCAGGAACAGCUGGAGCAGCUGGAGCUGGCUCACCUUCUCCAGGAAGGAUACCACAACGGAAUUGCGUUGGAGUCUCCGCCUCGGCCCACGGCCAAGCAGUUCCUGGGUCACCCGCGCAACCUGCAGAACCCUCUGGUGUCCAGUCUCAACCCCGAGGUCCUGACAUCCAGAGAGUCGUCAUGGAGAUAAAACACGGAGCCGCACCUCACUGUUCACCGUCUGCUCUUAUUUAACUCUGUAACCGACCGUCGUGUAGACAUACUGUAUGUAUAUAUAUAUAUUUACAUAUAAAUAUAUAAAUAAGACAAAUAUAUUUCCAGAGUUUUGCUAUUGUAAACACUGCAAAAGUAUGAAAUGUAUCAUAAUUUAGCAACCUUUUACCUAGAGCAAUUAUUACUACGUAUUUAAUUAUAAUAAAAAAUGUUGACCACGCAAAUGCCUGUCUGCCCUUUCUUUAUCUACAUUUUAUGUUGUUUUUCCUUUCUUAAUGAAGCAGAGUCAGAAUGGAUCUAAAGGGAGUCAGAGGACUGUGAAACGCAAAUGUAGAUGAAGUCAUCGUAGACAAUUGUCUUUGUUGGUAAGACACAUGCUGCCGCCUGCUGUUUUAUUUUUACAACGCUGCUGUUUUUUUACGAACCAAGAUGGUCUGAGUUUGUGCUCAUGAAAUCUGCCUUUUAUUUGAAUACUAAUGGUCGUAGUUCAGUUUCAGAAUUUUUAUAUAUCUUGAGUGGCUGAACAAGGAGACUUUAAUGGUAUGUUUUUGUUGUGAAGAUUAGAAGACCCAGUAGUAAAUACUGAAACACUGUUUUAUUCUUAGACUUAGACUUUAUUGAUCCCUUUGGGAAGACUCCCUCCAGGAAAUGUACAUUUCCAGCAGCAAUAGAGUCAAGAAAGGGCGUGCAGUCAGGAAGAGCAUCACACAGAGAGUAAAAAAAAUAAAUUAAAAAAAUAAAAUAAAUUAAACUAGAUUAAAAUAGGUUAUUGCACAACUCUCACAGAAGUUCUAUGUUGGAUUUAAUGUCAAGGUGAGAGACAUAUGAACAUUUUAUCUGCGUCAGAAACUGAAUCAGUCAGCUAUUCGAGCGUGCGCUUAGUUGAGCUGACGUUAAAAAACUUCAGGCUGAUGUUUCCGGUCCAUUUGGAUUUUCAGAGAGGUGUUACGUAAUCUGCUGGUGGAAAGGUUUCACUUGGGAAUCUCACAAAUCAACACGUUUAAUUCUAACAUUGACAAACAAGAGCCGCGAUUGUCGCUCAUGAUUCGGACGCUCUCUAUACAGCAGACCAUCGCC